AACGGUGUAGGCUCGGGGAGGGGGUGGGGAGAAGAACAGCUCGGGAGGAGCCGCUGCCGCCGCCCGGACACCGAGCGGAUCCGGAUCCCUGCGCCGCUGCCGCCGUCGUCAGCGGGGCCUGCUCAGCCGCAGUCGGAGUCCCGGCUCCCCGGGGGAGGCCGCGGGGGGAGGGGCGGUCCGGGAGCCGACGCGGGGAGGCGGCACCAUGACCGGGCGCGGCCACAACAAGCUGCCCACGACCGAGCGCAUCGUGAAGGCUGUCCCAUUUCCUCCCACGCAGCGGCUCACACUGAAGGAAGUGUUUGAGGAUGGAAAACCCAGGCUUGAUGUCUUGAAAAGCCACUUGGUGAAGGAAGGGCGGCUAGAAGAGGAUGCAGCAUUGAAGAUAAUCAAUGAUGGGGCUGCCAUUCUGAGGCAUGAGAAGACAAUGAUUGAAGUAGAGGCUCCAAUCACAGUGUGUGGUGACAUUCACGGGCAGUUCUUUGACCUGAUGAAGUUGUUUGAAGUUGGAGGAUCACCCAAUAACACCCGCUACCUCUUCCUGGGAGACUACGUGGACAGAGGCUACUUCAGUAUAGAGUGUGUGCUGUAUUUAUGGAGUUUAAAGAUAAAUCAUCCCAAAACGCUGUUCCUGCUUCGAGGGAACCAUGAAUGCAGGCACCUCACAGAAUACUUCACCUUUAAACAGGAAUGUCGAAUCAAAUAUUCGGAGCGAGUGUAUGAUGCAUGUAUGGAUACAUUUGACUGUCUUCCUCUUGCCGCCCUCCUAAACCAGCAGUUCCUGUGCGUUCAUGGAGGACUGUCUCCAGAAAUCACAUGUCUAGAUGACAUUAGGAAAUUAGACAGGUUUAAAGAGCCUCCAGCCUUUGGUCCGAUGUGUGACCUACUCUGGUCUGAUCCAUCAGAGGAUUACGGCAAUGAGAAGACGCUAGAGCAUUUCACUCACAACACUGUUCGAGGCUGUUCCUAUUUCUACAGUUACCCUGCAGUCUGUGAAUUUUUGCAAAACAAUAGUUUGUUAUCUGUAAUCCGAGCUCAUGAAGCCCAGGAUGCCGGGUACCGAAUGUACAGGAAGAGCCAGACGACAGGCUUUCCAUCGCUAAUCACGAUCUUCUCUGCACCAAAUUACCUAGAUGUCUAUAACAACAAGGCUGCUGUGCUGAAAUAUGAAAACAAUGUCAUGAACAUCAGACAGUUCAACUGUUCUCCACACCCCUACUGGCUUCCAAACUUCAUGGAUGUCUUCACAUGGUCUUUACCUUUUGUAGGGGAAAAGGUCACAGAGAUGCUGGUCAACAUCCUCAACAUAUGCUCUGACGAUGAGUUGAUUUCAGAUGGUGAUGAAACUUUGGAAGCAGGCACGACAGUCCGUAAGGAGAUAAUCAGGAAUAAGAUCAGAGCCAUUGGGAAGAUGGCACGUGUUUUUUCAGUUCUCCGAGAGGAGAGUGAGAGUGUGCUGACUCUCAAAGGCCUGACUCCCACAGGUACUCUGCCCCUGGGAGUCCUCUCAGGGGGAAAGCAGACUCUACAGACUGCCACAGUAGAAGCGGUAGAGGCACGGGAAGCUAUCCGUGGAUUUUCACCGCAGCACAAGAUCCGCAGCUUCGAAGAAGCCAGAGGGUUGGACCGCAUUAACGAACGCAUGCCGCCGCGCAAAGAUUCAAUGCACCCAGACGGGCCGGUGAACUUGGUAACCUCGACAAACUCUGCGGAGAAGAACGGCACAGGGAAGAAAGCUUAGUAAUGGUUCUGAUGCCUAAUCUGCACCACUAAAGGAUCCAAAACUUAA